CUUUUCUUUUCUUAUCCAAACGCUGCUUUAGCUGCGUUCUUCUCCUUCUCCGUCAUCCAGCUCUUCAGCCACUCAACAAUGGCCGCUCCUCUACUGAAAAUCAGCUUACACACUGUCAACAAUGGCGACCAUUCACUGCAACUGCAACUAAACUUACACCCUUCUUCUUCUUCUCUCCCAUUUCCUGCAAAAUUUAAGCCCCUUCCUCUCGCCAUUCGAUCCUCUCUCCCCUCUCCAAGCCCCCCCGCCUCCAAAGAAGAAGCCAUCCUCCAAGCCAAAACCUCCCUCUCAACCACCCUGCAGAAGCCUCUCAACAACCCCAAGCUCCCCGGAAAACUCAAGAAACUGAAGCAGCCCAGAUUCCGAGUCGAAAUCCCCGUCAACGACGACUCCCCCGCCGCCCUCUCCCAGCUCGCCCUACAGGUGUUCGGCGAAAUGCCCCUCAAAACACGAGGCUCUCCGGCCAAGAUUCUGAUCCUGUGGCCGAAUCCCGAAUCGGCAGAAGCCGCCGCUCGGGCGUUUGGUUCGCGCGCGUCGGCUUUGGUCGAACACUCGGACAUUGCAUCGGUUGAGGCCCGAGCUCUCAAUUCCGCUCAAGUGGCCGUGGUCUUGGCUCCGGAGGCGUCCCAACUGGGGACAAUUGAAACUGUUUCCGACGGUUUCUUCCCGAAGCCGGUGGUGAUUUUCAACCCCAGAUGGGGGUUCGACGAGGAGAGCAGCUUCGACGAGUUGGGUCGUUUUGUCGAAUCAUUUGAGGUGGUUUAUUCGUUCACGGGACUGGAGGUGAGAGGCAUUUUCAGUAAGAGGAAGGGCGUGAUCUUCAAGUGCGUUAGAGAUGGCGUUCUGAGCGGCGAGAGAUGGGUUGUUCUCGUCGAAGAAGACGACGGAGAGCUGAAAGUGGCGUCCAGUUUCAAGGAUCGGCCAUCCAUCGCGCAAGUUGAGAACGUGCUCUACAAUCUAAUGGCCAUCAAUUCGCCCAUUACGAAGUCCGCCAAGUUUCUAAAGGACCUGGUGUCAAGUGUAACUGGUAAGAAAUAAGCAUCUCCACCAUCUGUUCGUUGAAAUGUCUGAAUGAAUCCCACUCUGCAGACACCCUUGUGCAAAUAAAUUUCUUGUAAAGAAUCAUUCAUAGUUUAAUCACGUAGACAAAAGGAGGAUAGAUUAAUCCAAACUCAAAAUUGAAUUGAUUUACAUUUGUUAAGUUGAAAUUGUUGCAAACGUGUCAUUUCUCGCAGCUUAGUAUCUUGAAGUUGAUUGUAUACUUCUGCAUCAACUUUCAAGUAAAACGAUAGCUGGCUCGUGAGUAUGCUUAUACACCCUCAGUCAUUGUUUGAAGGGGGUUAAGAGUAUGCUCUUGCAUCAACUUCUCAAACGAAUAUACCAACCUAAUACUGAGGGAAGAAUAUAAGUUAACGAUUUACCUAUUUGCUAAUUUCCUACUAGUGUUUGUCUCUAGGUGUUGGGGGAUCUUGCCUC